UAAUUUUUUUUGUUUGAGGCCAAUCACCAUUGUUUAAAAAUCUGAAUGAUUCUACACAUUUGUACCUUGCAGUUGUUUGAGUUACUGGGAAAGGCUUGACGUCAACCCACCAUCGCCGGCGCCUCCGUUGCACCCAGCCAAGACCGAAAUUCAUCAUUCAGAGAGAAAGAGAUUGAAGAAAGAAGAACAAGAAUAAAGGAGCUUCAAAUUCUUCCAAGUUUGAUAAGGGGAAGAAGGUAGAUACCUCAGAGGGGGACGGGAAGCAAUCAAAAUCGGUCUGCAUAGGCUAAGAAUUCUUUCUGCAUUCCUUGGCUUGGUCAGAUUGAGGGAAGGCAUGUUGGCAUAGUUUGGCUGUGAACACUGCUGGACUGAUUUUUUCAAGCACAGUUGCUGCCCUGUUUUGGCAUAAGUCGAGUGCGACAGAGCAAUUACCUAUCCUUCUUCCCGUGCAUCUUAAUAUUCAGGUUCUGCUUGCCAUCCUGAAGGUUUAUGUUGCCGUUUCUUUAACUCCUUCACCUUAUCCUGGCUGAUGUCUAUUCCACCCUUUCUGGGUUCCUCGGUGGGCACCUAGCGGCAAAUUAAACAUUCCCGUCAACAUCAGCAAUGGCCGGAAAUUGGCUGGAAGCUGUGGAGCUAACAAGCAGUGGACGCCCAGUCCUCCUCCCAUCAGAGAUUGAAUGUUCGCUCCUCUCUGCUGUAGACCUCGAAUGCGAAGACCUCCCUAACUUCCCUAACCUCAAAUCAGGUAUCCUCACUCUCACCACCCACCGCCUCUUGUGGGUCUCUGACUCCUCUUCACAAGGAGCCUCUUCAGCGAUCCCACUUGCCUCCAUCAGCCACAUCUUCUCCGCCAAAAAGUCCCUCAAGUCCAUCUUUGCCUCGCCCCGGAUCCGGUUCCAGCUUUCGGUGUCACCCGACGGCCGAGUUUCAAAUUCAGGUUCAGGUUCUAGGUCCGUCGUCGUUACAAUGGUUGUGAGGGGGAAGGGUGCUGAUUUGGACGUGUUUUUGACCAAAUUUUGGGAUAACUGGCGGGGAAGAGCCUGGGAGACUGGGAAUGCAGAUGUCACUUCGGGUUCUGAGUCGGUUUCUGGGUCAACUUCUUCUGGAUUAUACACCAAGGAAGGAACGGUGAGGAUGGUUGGGGUGUCUGGAAUACUCAGGAAGGAACAAGAGAUGUGGGAGACUACUGAUAAGAGCUUGCAGGAUGCUUUCCAGGACUUGAAUGCUCUCAUGAGUAAAGCUAAAGAGAUGGUGAUGCUAGCAGAGAAAAUGAGGCAGAAACUUUUAUCCGGCUCGACUUCUCAGCCUGGUGCAGCAGAGGACGAGGAAUUGGGUUCCAAACAAGAAAUGCAAGACUGGUUGCUGAGUGUUGGUAUUAUAUCGCCUGUCACCAAAGAGUCUGCUGGUGCUCUUUACCACCAACAAUUGUCUCGUCAGUUGGCAGAUUUUGUCAGGCUUCCACUUGAGAGAGCUGGAGGAAUGAUAAAUCUUAUAGAUAUUUACUGUCUCUUCAAUCGUGCUCGAGGAACAGAAUUGAUCUCGCCAGAGGAUCUGCUGCAAGCAUGUUUUCUUUGGGAGAAGUUUGAUGUCCCAGUAAUGCUUCGGAAAUUUGAUAGUGGGGUGAUGGUAAUCCAGAAUAAGUCCCACAGUGAUGAAGAGAUUUUUGCUAGGAUCAAGACCCUUGCAACAAAGCCCGAUGCUCUUCGAACUGGUAUAAGUGCCAGUGAUGCUGCAAUCACACUAGGUGUUGCGCCAGGCAUGGCCAAGGAGCAUCUUCUAACUGCUGAAAGCAAAGGUUUUCUAUGCAGGGAUAUUAGCCCAGAUGGCUUUCGCUUUUAUAUUAACCUGUUUCCAGAAAUUGAUCCAAACAAUGUUUACUUAGUGAAAGAUUAUGGAGUCUAUGACACAUGGUUAAAGGUGGCCUCUGCUUCUAGAUGAGAGAUGAUUUGUGCACCAACGCCAUGUUUACUUCCUCAUGUGGUUAAUGUCAGAAUCAAAGUUGAGACAAAUUGAUGAAUUCGGAGAAGUUUUCAGGAAAGUUUAUGUAUAUUGGACGUUCCAAUUUACAUCCUGGUGAUUGCAGAAUUGAACUUUCAGACCAUGCAUCAACCACUUGCUUGGACCGAUUGUGACAUGCAGUGUUCUUUUUGGGAGCUGGUGAUACUUCUCCUGUCCUGUAUUUGUAUUUGACUAGUACAUUUGAACAGAAGUGAGGAGAAGCAUUCGGAGGACAGGUGUUUUUUUUUUUUUUCCUUUUCUGGAGAAGUGGGGAAGCUCUGAUUUUUGUUGCUAGGUUGUCUUAACCAUCCCCUCACCACCAUCGUGCUCGAAACAAUUCAAUCAUUUAUACAAGCACUUGGCCCUCUAUGGAUGGCUCUUUUACUUCUUUUUGGUCUGAACACUUGGUGAUGAAUGAUGAAAUAAAGCAGCAUGAGAUCUUACUGGUUUGCCCCAUCUGGUGGCAAAUGCUAUUACCAUUAA